CCCUUUCUCUGGUGUUGCUUUCCGUUCUUCAUUUCUUCUUCUUCGUCAAUAUUCACCACUGUACUCCCAUUACAUUGCUUUCUUUAUGCCCCCCAUUUGCUCUUAUUCUCACUCUUACUUACCACUAUUCUUUCUCUGCUCCCAGAGAGCAGCAUCCUCAAAGUCACCCCAUUUUCACUCACUUCCAUCCACACCCUUUAACUUCAUGUCCUUUCCCAACCAGUCUAACAUUUCUGGUGCAUCUCUUUAGCUCAGUUCCUUUUCAGCUAAGUUGUUGGUUUCUAAGACAAGGGUGGAAAAAAAGGUACAACAUUUCCAUUUGGUUCAUCAGAUUUUGUGCAUUCAAGCUGAGCAUUCCCCCAAUUCAGAGCUCAAGCUUUUCCACUGUGUUUGAUUCAUUCAGAUCUCUCUCACUCUCUUUAACCCAUAAAAUGCCAAGCUAACUCUUUUUCAGCCAUCAGCAAUAUUAUGCAAAUUGUCUCUUUUUCAUUCUUUUGUGGGGUUGGUCUCAUCUCAUGGUCUGUUAUUGGAACCAUUUGCGACAUUCAAGGUUACCCUUCUGCAAGACCAUUCUUUUGUUUCUUAAAAGUCUAAACCUUGAAAAGUAAUUGCAUUCUACGAAAUGGACUCCUCUUUAGUCUAAUUUGGGACCCGUCUCUGCUUAAAGUUCCAAUUUUUAAAUCUCAAACCCGUCUUUUCCUGUUAUUUUCCACAAGAAUGAAAAGGCCUUCCACCCUGGGAUCUCCUUUUUAUCUUCCUUUUGCAGCCAUUUUCCGCACAUAGCUCUCCACACUGUCCAAUUUCAAGUUGCUCUGACAAAUUUAUGUUGCUACAUUGUCAAUUUCUUGCAAGUUUGUAUGAAGCUCAUGGUAGCAGUGUGUGGUUGCUGAUUGAAUUUCUGACUUUUGGACAAUAAGGUGUUUGGCCACGGUGAAAUUCAACGUCCUUCACUUGUAAAUGUGACUUGGGCAAUAGGAUUCAUUGUUAUAUCUCUUAUAUUUGACCCUCUCAGCAUAUAUAGAUAUGCUUGAACAAGACUGUGUUUCUAGAUCACCCUUUUUGCUAUGUAUUUUUGUUGGCUUCUUGCUGCAUCCUGUUGUGUCAACCGUGAUACCAUUGGGUUCCAAGCUUUCUGUGGUUGACAAUAACUUUUGGGUUUCCUCCAAUGGUGAUUUUGCAUUUGGGUUCUUUAACAUUUUAGACGAACCUAACCAGUUUAGUGCUGGCAUUCGAUUCAAUUCGAAGUCUAUACCAUAUGACCAACAAACAGUGGUCUGGGUUGUUGGAGCUCAUGACAAAGUGAGUAACAUGUCCUAUUUCCAACUCACUCCUGAAGGGGAACUGAUCCUGUUUGAUUCCUUACAAGGAGUCACUGUAUGGAGGAGUAGAACUGGGAACAGAGCUGUUGUUUCAGCUACUCUUCAUGAUAAUGGCAAUCUUGUUCUGAUAGACACAGAGCAAAACAUCAUUUGGCAAAGCUUUGAUACUCCAUCUGAUACACUGCUUCCAGGACAGAGUUUAUCUGUUUAUAAGACCCUUCGUGCGACAACCAAGAAUCCCAUGACCAGUUACUACACACUUUACAUGAAUGCUUCAGGUCAAUUGCAGCUCUGCUGGGAGAGAAAUAUUAUAUAUUGGACAAGUGGAAGCCCUUCUUCUGCUUCAAAUCUGACUGCAUUUCUUACAACUGGUGGAGCUUUGCAACUUCGAGACCAAAGUUUGAAGGCUGUUUGGAGUGUUUUUGGAGCAGACCAUAAUGAUUCUGUGAAUUAUCGAUUUCUUAGGCUCGAAGUGGAUGGAAAUCUCCGCCUGUAUUCAUGGAUUGAAGCUUCACAGUCAUGGAGAUCAGUCUGGCAAGCAGUUGAGAAUCAGUGCAAAGUCUUUGCAACAUGUGGUCAACUUGGUGUCUGUGUCUUCACUGCUUCCGGUUCUACUGAUUGCAGGUGCCCCUUUGAGCUAACUGAGUCUAACCAAUGUUUGGUUCCAUAUGAACAGGAGUGUGAAUCUGGAUCCAAUAUGCAACCAUAUAAGAACACUUAUCUGUAUGGAAUUUAUCCUCCUGAUGAUUCAGUUGUCACAAGUAGUUUGCAGCAAUGUGAGCAGUUAUGCCUGAAUGACACGCAGUGUACGGUUGCAACCUUUUCCAACAAUGGUAGACCACGAUGCUCCAUAAAGAAAACCAAGUAUGUUACUGGCUAUGCAGAUCCAUCUCUAAGCUCAAUAUCUUUUGUUAAAAGUUGUUCAGGUCCAUUUGCUGUAAAUCCUGCUCUCACCAAGCCACCUCUGCCGAAACUGCCUCGUAUGUUCUGUGUUCCUUGUCUAAUGGGAGCAGCCUCAGGAACAUUUUUCAUCUUUGCUAUCCUCCAGCUGGGAGUUGUUUUCAUCAUCUUAAGAAGAAAAAACUCCACCAUGCAAAAUGUCACGGCAGCUUUCACAAGCCAAAAUCCAAAGGGCUUAGUUGUGUUCUCCUUCUCAGAAAUUAAGAGCCUCACUGGGGACCUCAAAGAUCAAAUUGGGCCAAAUAUGUUCAAGGGUGUGCUACCGAACAAUUGCCUGAUUGCGGUCAAAGACCUGAAUGCAUCCAUAGAUGAAAGGAAGUUUCGAAGUGCUGUUCUAAAGUUGAGCAACAUCCACCACAAGAACCUUGUGAAGCUGGAAGGUUAUUGUUGCGAGUUUAACCAUAGAUUUUUGGUGUAUGAACAUGCCAAAAACGUUUCACUGGAUAAAUACAUUGACGAUUGCACUCUUCGCAAGAGGCUAAGUUGGAGAAAGAGAGUUGAAAUAUGCUCAAGUGUGGCCAAGGCCAUUUGUUAUUUGCACACCGGGUGUAGGGAGUUUGUGAGCCAUGGGAAUUUGAAGUGUGAGAAUGUCAUGUUGGAUGAAAAUUCAGUGGCUAAGGUGUGUGAAUAUGGGUUUGCAAUAGCAGAUGGUGAGGCCACAUAUUGUGGCUUUUCAGCUGAAAAGGAUGUAGGGGAUUUUGGGAAGUUGGUAUUAACCUUGUUAACAGGGUGCCAAGAUCAUGAACAACUUUGUGAGUGGACUUACAAGGAAUGGAUGGAAGGGAGGGGAGUUAAUGUGGUUGACAAAAGAAUUGAAGGUAUUGUCAAUUCAGAGGAACUAGAACGUGCAUUGAGAAUUUCAUUCUGGUGCCUUCAAAUGGAUGAACGUAGAAGACCUUGUAUGGAGGAGGUAGUGAGAGUACUAGAUGGUACAUUGAACGUUGAUCCACCACCACCACCAUUUGUCUUGCACAGGCCCUCACAGGAAGAUGAUCCACAAGAAAAUGGUUCAGAAUAAGUAAUUUUUUAGGAUCUUUUUAUCUUUUACUUUACAUUUUGUUACCUUCAUAUUCAACGUGUAUAGUAGGACUAACAUCUAGGUGAAAAUUAGUCGUUCAACUCUUUUUGCCCCUCAACCUAUAUGGGGAAGUGACUGUAGACUUCGAAGACUAUGUUGUUCAUUUGAAAUUUGCCGCAUCUGCGUGAAUUUAAGUCUUCAUUUGAGCACACACUAAAUGACUGAGUAGUUUAUUUUUUAUAGGUAUGUGUGAAUAUUAGUUAUUGUGAUGAUUUGUCUGAUGUUUGCAUUCAAUUUCCAAUUGUCUGAUGAAUUCCUGUUAUAUUUAGUCUAUAGUUUAAGAGUAAUCAUAAUUGUAAGAACAC